AUGGCAUCCAUCCCAUCCAGCGGCUCGCUCAUGGCCACACACAACUACUACCGAAGACGCCUGAGCUCCACAUCCAGCAACAGCUCCUGCAGCAGCUCGGAGUACUCUGGGGAGGUCAUCCCCCACCCCCCGGGUCUGCCCAAGUCCGACCCCGGCCACUGGUGGGCCAGCUUCUUCUUCGGGAAGACAAUUCACCCGGCCAUGACAACUGUGUCGGAGUUCCCGGAGAGCUUGGAAGCACUGCGGGUGACGACAGGACCGAUGGCAUGUGGCUUGACUUAG